AUGAUUAAAACGAAAGAAGAAUCGAACAAAGAAGAAAGGGAGAAGGACUUGAAACAAAGUUUAAGAUACGUGGAGCCCCUCCUAAUGGUACUUGGUGCCUGGCCACUUCCUCCAGAAUCAUCGUUGUGCAUGAAGAUAUUUCAACGUGUUAUUCCUGUCAUUAGUAUUUUCUUGGCGUUAUUUGUCAUUUGUCCGGGGUUUUUUUACAUAUUCUUCAAGGCAGGAGGCACCAGAAGGAAAAUGGAACUGUUGUCGGCGUUCAUCAACAGUCUGAUCCAGUUGAUCAAGUAUAUUAUCAUAUUGAACAGCAUGAACGAUAUAAGAACGCUGUUGAGGGAGAUAAGAAACGAUUGGUUAUACGGCACAGAAGAAAAUCGACGACUCUUUCGUGAGAACGCGAAAAUUGGUGAUAGAGUGGUGUCCAUAGUGGCCAUUACCAUGUAUUGUGGAGGUUUAUGCUACCGUACGAUUCUUCCUCUUUCGAGGGGCAGAAUUACUUUACCGAAUAAUACUACUAUAAGACUAUUGCCCAGUUCAACAUACCUCCCAUUUAUCAACGAACAGAUCACUCCAUAUUAUGAGAUAAUUUUCGUAUUGCAAGUUUUGAGUGGUUUAUUCAUCUACACAGUAUUCAGUGGUGCCAUUGGGAUUAUGAUGAUGAUAUGCUUGCAUACAUGCGGCUUGAUAAGGAUUUUAACGGACAAAUUGAUGGAUCUCAUCGACAAGUCGAAUACCAGCGAGGAAAUUAUUCAAGAGAAGAUCGUAAAUAUCGUCGAGUAUCACAGGAAAAUCAAAAAAUUAGUUAUAAAAGAACACAACAGUUUGUCGGCAAUAGCUAAUGUGUUUAUUGUGUUCAUGAAAAUCUAA